AUAAUCGACAAUGACGCGUGUGCAAUCAACUUUCAAUUCCCUUCUCUAAUAGUUAUUGUCAUUUUCGAAUUUUAAUCGAUACCGAAAAAGGACAUUUUAUACACAUUAAUUUCGAAUUCUGCGCCAGAGAAUAUCGACCGCAAAAUUUUAUUGAAGAGAAAGCAACAGACGGUUCGUGAAUGCGCGCGAGUUUAGUUCCAAUUUCACGACAAUUCACCAGACGAGCGAAAUUAUUACGAAAGUACUGUUUCAAUUUAAACAUUGUUAUUGUUAACCGGUUCUUUUUUUGUUAGGAAAAAAACCGAAACAUUUCCUUUUGUGUCCUUGUGCUUUCAAUAUAAAAAAAGACAAUACUGUCAGUUUUUUAAAAACAAAAAAUUUCCUAAAUUUGUCAAUACCUACAUUUAAAGAACAAGUGGUUUUUUCGCCUCAGAAUACGAGAUUACAACAACGAAAUAUUAUCGAAUCUGCGCAUGAUAGAGUAACCUUAUCAUCCGUCCAAAGUCUUAAUCAAAAUUAUAUUUGAUAAAGAAAAAAAAACAAAUAACCGGCGAGAUAUUCGUAUAAGUAAUUUCCAUUCACUCGCACUUUACAAAAUUCGAACGUGUGAAUUUUUCUUGUUGAGAAAAAUUGAAAAAACAAAAACAGAAAAAUGCCGACUUCAAUUUUAAUACAACAUGUAAAUACGGGAAUUUUGACUGCUUGUCUCGUUGGAUCGGCACUCUCCUAUUACGCAUAUCAUGUGGAAACUGCUAAAGAAUUGGAUAAAUCGUACAAGCCCUUUUGUGACAUCAGCGAACACGUCAGCUGUACGAAAGCAUUUAUGUCAGAAUACGGAAAAGGAUUUGGAUUGGUUCCCGAAGAUUCGGUAUUGCAUGUUCCAAACAGUAUUUUCGGCGUUCUGUUUUACACCCUAAUCGCCAUAUUAAGUUUUUUCAAUCGACAACCAUACACAGGAAUAUCAGUUGUUUUGGGAUUAUUCUCAAAUCUCAGCUCAGUCUAUCUCUCUUUAAUUUUAUACUGGUUAAAUGAUAUUUGUCUUGUUUGCAUUUGCACCUACAUUGUAAAUCUUGCAAUUGUACUAUUGACAUUUAAAAAGAUACAUAUCUGUUCGGCGGAAAUUGCGAAACGAGAAAAAACGAAAAGAAACGCUUCAACGACAGAAAAAUCGAAAAAACAUUCAGACUAAAUUUUCCAUUAUAUAUAUUUUUAUAUAUAUAUUUUUUUUAUUAUUUAUAAUCAAUUCGAUUCUAUAAAGAGUUUUGUCGAUUUUUUUUAAUUUUUGAAUCCAAGAAGAAAUAAUUAUAACUAAUAUAUAAAUAUAUAUUUUACCUCAAAGUUCUCUGCGAGACUCAAGAUGUAAAUAAAAUAAUUAUUUCGUGAAAAAAAAUACUACAGUGAAAUUAUUUUCGAAAAAUUACUUCUAUAUUUAUAAAAAGAAAAAAAACAUUAUUGUACAUUGUAUAAAAAACAAUUAUUUUAGUAACGAAAAAUAAUUAUUUUAGUAAAUGGAAAAUAAUUAUUUGAGAUGAUAAUUAUUUUACACGUUGAAAGAAGAAAUUAUCGACUAACUUAUUAAUUUACAACUGAAAGUAAAUUGCUGUUGACUAUUUUAUUAUUUUACAUAUUAUUAAAAUAUUAAAACUAGAAUAAAACAAUUAUUUAAAGGGAAUACCUAUGCAUUUUGUAUAUGGAACAAAAAAUUUGUAGGAACAAAAAUAACUCAGGAGAGACGGUAUUAUACAAAUAUAGAAAAUUCUACCUGAGGAAUUAUGAUAUCAAAAACCCGUGUGAGAUUUUAUUUUUCAAUAUAUUUUUUUUUUAAUUAACUUGAAAAUGUACAACGCUGAUUAACAAGAAUCUUUAAAUAUGGCCUCUGUUUAAUAAAAACUUUUAAACGAAAAUAAAUAAAACUAAAAAAUUA